UGGUUUAUGUUGUACUCGGUUUCCACCAGGUGAAUACUGAAAUGGAAAAGCCAAUCCACAAGGAGCUGAUGCCUGUAAUAUUGCAAAAAAGAGGCAUAGUUUGUGAAAGUGUUUGUUCAGAAUUUCAGGAGCUUAUUUCAAUGUGUGGUGGGCCUAAUGAGAAGACUAGAGCCAAGCAGUUUCUGAAACAUCUUAGGGUUGUUCCAGAUUGCCCGUCAGAACGGCUGAUGAGCCUUCCAACAACUAGAAAACUGGCGUUAAAAAACAAGGUUGUUUUUGGGACCGGUGAUUACUGGCAUGCUCCUACUAUUACUGCAAACAUGGCAUUUGUUAGAGCUGUUUCACAGACAGGAAUGUCCCUGUUUACUAUAGAGCAUAGACCGCGAGCCUUGGUUGGUGAUUAGUCACGUUAACACCAACAUUUUUAUUCCAAGCCUGAGGCUCCAUAUUGGCUCACUGAAACUUAGCCUAUAAUUUUGUCAUCUGAUAAUUUUCUGUUGAAAGAGAGGUUGAGAUACCCAAGCUUGGCGCUUCGCUUGGACAAAAAAAUUGUGAAACUUGCUUAGUACUACACUUGUAUAUAUCAGACUAGUUGAUGUUUUAUGGGCUUUUAUGCAAUUCAUGCCUUGUAUAUUGCAGCUGCUAUUGUUAGCUAUGAUGCUUCUUAAGAUAAUAUGACCCCUCAAUUAUCUUAA